UGGAUUCGUGUGAUUAGAGCUCUACCUAUGCUACCAAACAAUGACCAUAAGCAUGCCCACAGAAGUCGUACCAAAAAAUGAGAAAACUACCGGACACAGUGGAUUUUGUGGUUGGUGGACGACUAUGCCAUCCCACCCAUUGUCUUGCGUAAUUCCCACCACCCCAUUCCGAAUUAAAAAUCUCUCCACCCCCCUCACCCACCACCAACCUACCUUUCCCUUCUUUUCUCUUUCAAAUCAAACUCUCUGAAAUCUUCAAAUCUCUGCAUUUCCAACUAUGGCUGGAGACAAAAAGGUCUACACUUUGGCUGAGGUCUCCACUCACGGUGACCGCAAGGACUGCUGGCUCGUCAUCGAUGGCAAGGUUUAUGAUGUAACAAAAUUCUUGGACGAUCAUCCUGGUGGUGAUGAGGUCUUAUUGGCAGUCACAGGAAAGGAUGCAAGUAACGAUUUCGAGGAUAUUGGCCACAGUUCCACUGCUAGAGCAAUGCUGGACGAGUUUUACGUUGGAGACAUUGAUUCGGCAUCCAUCCCCACGAAUAGGAAGUACACUCCUCCCAAGCAGCCUCACUACAACCAGGACAAGACAACUGAUUUCGUUAUCAAACUCCUCCAGUUCCUCGUUCCCCUGCUAAUUUUGGGCCUGGCCUUCGGUGUGCGCUUCUACACCAAAUCAUCAACAGCAUAAAUGCAGAAGCCGAAGGAGAAGUGAGAACGCUUUCCAAUAAGUUUAUUACGGGGUCGCAAUGACCCUUUGUUAUUUUUUGGCGUUUGGAAAUGUUGACGAUGAAGGGUUGUUAGCAUAUUCGACAGUUUGACUUCUAUGUGGUAAUUACUUUUUGCCUUUGCUUUCAAA